AUGGCACAGGACAGGGGUCGGAGCUCGCUCUCCCACGAAUAUUCGGCCCUGCCCAGUCACGCUCCCGAGAUAAUAUCCGCCAACACUGAAUUCAUAAGGUCGCACGACAAGAUCGAAGCCUUGGUGACGGCGGAACGCGCGAGGAAUUUCGAGGGGCUUGUGAGGCGGUACAUCAAACAACUGCUCUACGGUUGCCAGCGAACGCAUUGCGAUACUCCGACUUGUUAUACGGCGAGGAAGAAGUUGUCGCGUGACACCAACGCAUCCAGGAAAUUCAGUGUUUUGUCGGCGAGGAUCAUUGCUUGCCAGCUUGCCACCCAGGAUGACCCCUAUAAAGCCUUGUGUCCGGGCAAGCUGGUGACGCCGGUGCUGUCGAGUUCGGCUGAAGAGAAAAAGGAUGGGCCGUCGAGGGAUAGCUUUCGGGAGGAGGUGGCUGAGGAUGGGGAGGAUACGUCGAACAAGGAGAACAAGGAGGUGCCUGUUCGCCCGCCGAGGGAAGCUCUGAGGGAGGGCGAGGUCGAGGUGAUUACGGAUAAGGGACUGAAGGAUCCAAAGUCUUUUCAACAGCAGUUGUUCAAUACGAAGCCGUUCAAGAUGCUGGAAUGGAUUGGACUGCCUCCGAAUGUUGGAAUUAUGAAGUUUGUAAAUGAAUCCACGACUUCCCCCGCAAAGACGCCGACGCGGUCAUCCGAUUUUAGCAACGAGCGAGAUGCUGCCACUCCAACCCUGCUUCAUGAGCAACCGCCGAGAUUUAAAGAUUAUUCUAACCCAAUGGAGCUUAUAGAUCUCGGGCGCCUAAAUAAGGACUCGGAGCCUGUAUCGCAUCAUAAGCACCAGGAGAUAUUACAGCAACCACCCCUACCGCCACGAAAGCGCCGGUCGUCAAAUGCCUCCAAAGCAGCUCUUAAGGACGUGACCCCAACUCCUCAUUCAAACGCGAGAUCUAGAAUGACUACCCCCGGUGGCCGGAAUCCUAACAUGAUACCCCCUCCACUGAUCGGUCCCCACCUUCACCAGAAAUCAAAAACAGUAAAUCCUCAGCUACAAUUGACUCCUUCGAGAUCGGAGAAACAUUCGCUGACAGCACAGUCGCUUAUGGCCGAGGACGAGGAUUUAACCCCCCAAUCAUUAACAAAGCUAGAUAAGGAGAUUUGCUCUGCGUUAUUGAAAAUGUGUACGGAUCCUGCUGCGACUAGUGCGCAAUCUCGGGAUGCUGCUGAAUUUGCCAAGCAAAGUCUGUUUUACGUUUUUAGCACCCCAGAGGCGUUACUCAAGUCGUUCGUAUCGGAGAAAACGGAGUCUGAUUCAGAUGACAUCGAUCUUAAUCUGGACGAUAUGGAUCAAGCGUUCCGGAUGUUGUUUUGGAAUGAAGCCUGGGAGGCGCAAGUUAUGCAAGGGCUUUGGAUGGGGCUGGAAGCGGUUUUCAAAAUUCCCGGCGAGGAAGGACGGUUAUCGGAUAAGGACACUGCCCAGGUCGUAUCAAUAGCUUUACACGCUCUCGCGGCCGCUGUGCCCCGGAGCACGCCGGAAGUGUGGAUGACUGUGCGCAAGCUUAGGGGGAGUGGCAAAGUUAGUGAGGCGGGGGCUGUUUGUGAGAUCUGGUUCGAGGAUGAGAUGGCAGAAAGACUCAUGCGGCGGGUGGUCAGGGCGAUUGCGUAUAGACAUUCACGAGGGGAUCAGGUUGCACCCCGGCUUCAGAGACACCUCCGAAAUUGCGGUAUGUUUCAGUUUGAGCAGCGUCGGGAGCGGUUGGCUAGAGAGGUUGGGGAGGAUUUGGCGAAAGUUAUGGACCGGGAGAGGGGUGGUUGGGGUUUGGGGGUUUGCACCUUGGAGUGGUGUAGAGCUAUUCUGUUGAAGGCUUGGGAUGGCCAGGAAACUACCCGUGUGGCUGGUGUGGUCGGGUGCUGCUUGGUAUUGAUGAAAAUCCUCUGUAAGCUUUUUCGAUUCGGGUGGGAUGAGUGCAGCUAAUGGCGAGAUUUAGAUGAUGGCCAUCAAUCUUACGGAAUUGACCAAGAGUUUUUCCAUACGCGGGCGCUCUCGGACCGAUUUGAUCCCAAGGAUGUUCCGGUCCAGUGGUUUGACAGUGAGCCGAAGUCUGGACUUCUCCAUUUUCUCGACUAUGCCUUCCUUUUCCCGGAGAAUUUACGAGUGACCUAUUUCCGAGCUGUAAAUCUCGCGCACAUGACGAAAGCGUAUGAGCAGUCCAUGACCAUGCAACGGUUGACAACCCAGAUGUCGAUGAACACCGCCCUUUUGGAUCCGCAAGACGAGAGACUAGACCGGCGGAUGCGCAUUCCACUCAGCAGCUAUCUUCUUGUAGAAGUCCGGCGGGAGACUGUUCUCCAGGAUGCGCUGAAUCAAGUAUUUGGGAGGGAGAUCCGGGAGCUAAAACGACCGUUAAAGGUCCGGUUCGCGAACGAGGGUGAGGAGGGUGUGGAUCACGGAGGUGUACAACAGGAUUUCUUCAUUGUUGCAAUUAGAGAGGCGCUAAGGUCUGACUAUGGACUGUUCACGACGGACGAACAGAGCAGGAUGAAUUGGUUUAGCGUUGCGCCUAUCGAGCCCACUCACAAAUAUGAGCUUCUAGGGCUUUUGGUCGGAUUAGCGGUCUACAACGGUGUCACUUUACCGGUAACCUUUCCCAGGAUCCUCUACAAAAAGCUCCUUGGCGGUAAGGCGGAGGACUUGGAAGACAUCGAAGAUGGGUGGGGUCAACUUGCGAAGGGCUUCAAACAACUUCUGGAAUGGAACGAUGGUGACGUUGGUGACAUCUUCCUUAGGACGUACGAUUUCUCGUACGACUUUUUCGGCCAGGUCAAGUAUGUGAACAUGCUCAGAGCUAAGGAGAGAAGGAUUGAGUUCUUAGACAUCAAGCUCAAUAAAUUGAGGAAAGCCAAGUCGAAGCCCGAGACACCGCAUGAGCGGUUUCCGACUCCACCUUUGGGUGGUGAGCGGGAUUCAUGGCCGGGUGGGUUGAACGAUGAGCUGGAUGAUAUCGUUCGGAGUGCUGGCUCUUCCUAUCAUGUUACGAUUAGGGAGUGGCCGGGUGAUGAUUGCGAUAUGAUCGGUGAUGGAAGGGGCGUGGAUGAAGAGGAUGAGGCGAGUGGUGUCGAUCCUAGGCAGGAUGGGGACGGGGGACAGCCAGGUGACGAGCCGCUCGAGCCUGCCUUGUCGGGGACCGUCGAGGCGGGGGGAGCUAGGAUGACGUCGGGGAAUGGAGGAAGCCAAACGACUGAAUCUCUGGCGCUUGACAUUCAGAGCGGUGGUAUUGAUAACGAUAGCUUCCGGGAUGCGGGCGAGGAAGUUGAAACGCCAGCGAAAGGGGGUAGUGAUUACACGAUAGAGGGCUCCCGGGCGCCGGCACAGGAGAAGGGAAAAGAUGUUGCACAUGUUUCUUUUUCUCUAGAGCUAUCGGAAGAAGUACCCGUUGAAGAAGAUUCCCCAAGCUCGGACGAGCAAGAGCCCAAAGAGGAAGCUCCCCUGGUCACUAACGAGAACCGUGAGGCUUUCGUAAAGGACUACAUAUCUUGGCUUACCGACCGCUCCAUCCGUCGGCAAUAUCAAGCUUUCGAAAAGGGCUUCUUUGCGGUUAUUGACCGAAAGUCUCUAUCCGUGAGUUUAUCCUCCUCCUUGCUCUAUUUACUGCCACUCCAGUUCUGGUAGAGAGGGAUUUCUCUUUGCCCGCGCAGCUGGCCCUUCCCCCACACAAACCCCAAUUGUCAGGGACCGACGUGCAGUUUGACCAGCUGACACUUGCUAGCUCUUUACCCCCUCAAACCUCCAAUCCCUAACAGAAGGGAUCCAAGAAAUCGACAUCACAGAGCUCGAAAGGACCGCCCGCUACGAAGAUGGCUAUAGCCCCACCCACCGUGUAAUCAAGGAAUUUUGGAUGACUGUGCGCGGUUUCUCUGCGGAGCGGCGCCGCCAACUCCUGGAGUUCGUCACGGCCAGCGGGCGUGUGCCUGUUAAUGGGAUUUCCAGUAUCAUGUUCGUGAUUCAGAGGAAUGGGCCCGAUAGCGACCGUGUACCCACCAGUCUUACGUGCUUUGGGAGGCUACUGUUACCGGAGUAUUCGAACCGUAAGAAGUUAAGGGAUAAGUUGAGAGUUGCGUUGGAGAAUGGGAAGGGGUUUGGGGUUCCUUGAGGGGUUGGGUUGGAUAAAGCUGAAUUGGGCGUUGGAGAUGAUUCAUCUCUUUUCGAACCUUUUUCUUUUUUCUUUCUCCCUCUUGUUUCCUUUUAUACUUGCGUAUCUGAUGAUGGGUGACUGAUGUCGGAGUUAUUUGCUGUUUGCCGUUAUGAGGCGGCUUUCCCUAACUCGUUUGGCUUUGCUGUGGGGUUAGUUUGUCAGGUUAGAUAUCAUGCUAUUCCUCUUUACUUUUUUUGUUUUUCCUUUGGAACUUAGCUUCUGUACUGGUCGUUUUUCUUACGGAAAAGUUGCAUUUUGGGAUUUUUAGAAGUGUGGUUGGCGGGUGGAUACGCGAAUUCCGCGGUUCGAAUUUAUAGUGAAUCGGGAGGGGCGUGCUGGUGAUGGGUAGGAUUGUAACUAUCAUGCGGCACAACUAUAAAAACCUAUUCACUC